CACUCUUUCACGUCCUUUCUUCAACUGCGCUUUCGUUCCUUUCUUGUGUUGUCUCUCCUUGGAGCUACCUAUUCUCGCGAUGCCUCCUACUCACUUGGCUGGCACCACCCGCGCCCUCUACCGCGUCUUCAUCCAACCCUCCCUGCAGCAAGCCCACGCGUCACCUUUGCGAACUCUCCGGCAGCCUACGCCUCUCAUCGUCAAACCCAUAAUCGCUCCGCCUACUCGACGCCACAAAAGCUGGGCUACCCCGAUACAAGACACAUUCACAGUCGACGAGAACAUCCGCAGCACCUACAUCAACCUCGUUGACGAAAAGGGUUUCCACCCCGCCUGCCGACUGCGCAACACGCUGAGCGGCCUGGACCGCGAACAAUUUCACAUCGUGUUAGUUUCAAAGCCUAAUGGAGAUCAACCCUCACCCAACGAUCCUGGAUCGCUGCCGACCUGCAAGAUCAUUGCCAAACGGGAGCUGCAAGCGCGACGGAAGACAAAAUUAAAGCAAGCCAGCAAGCAGAAGUCGGUUUUGGCAUCCGGGAAGCAAUUGGAAGUUAAUUGGGCGAUCGAUGCAAAUGAUUUGAAGCAUAGACUGAACAGACUGAAGGAGUUUCUGAUGCAAGGGAGGAAAGUGGAGGUCAUGCUAGGGACGAAGGCAAAAGCGAAGAGGAAGGCUACGCGGGAGGAGGCAGCGGCAGUUUUGGACAAAGUUAGGGACGCGAUGAGAGAGUGCAAAGGGUCUUCUGAGACUAAAAAGGCGGACGGCAAUUUAGGGGGAGUGAUGACGUUGUAUUUUGAAGGGGCUCCAGCGGAAAAGAAGGCAGACCAGAAUAAGGAGUAAGGGUCUUUUCAAGACUCGGAAACCAUACUCAGAAGGAGGCAGACUACGGCCUAACGAAUUGUGAGAAGGUUCACAAUAUCCCUCGAGGUGUCAGUGCGGAGGAAGAGUCCAUGUCCACACAGUUUCGAGGAACCAAGUAUGUGAAAGGUCUCUGUAGAUGUGAUAUACCGUUUACAUAGACGUAAAAUACAAUGUACUUAUACACCUCUGCGCCCUCUUAGAUGCUCUUUGCCUUCCUGUUCAUACCAUACAACCCCAGAAAGCAAAUCUCUUGGCAUUUUUACAAGUUUCCCAAGAUAGCUUUCCUCUACUGCAGCUUGUUCACUAGCCUCUUGGUCUUCGUCAAAUCGGUUUGAUGGGCCUCCAGAAUCCUGGCCAGUGCUCCCUUCUCCACCACUAUUCUCCCCAUUUCCAGCAAAUCCUUAACAUCCACCUCUUCCCACGUCAAGGCCCUUCCCUCCUCCCCCAUACC